AUUCCACGUCGUCUUCUUCCUCCGCUACGCAGCAUGGGAUCAUAUCUCGGGGAAACACUCUCCAAGCAUACCUCGUUUCUCGGUCUUCGAUUAUGGGUCUUGAUCGUUACAUUCACAACACUGUUCAUUCUUUUGUUUUUCUCCAUCAUCUCUUGUUAUCUCAUCUGUUAUCGACGUAGAAAGCCCUGCAAAACCCCGUUUUGCCUACCAAACCCCAUUGCUCCCAAGAAUUAUCAAAGCGCUUACUGCUCUUCUUCGCUCAAUAGGAGGCUGCUUCCUCUUAACAUUUCGGAGAUCGAGAUGAACACGACGGAGCCUGAGCUUGAAGUGAUGUUUCCAGACCAGUGGUCUACGCGUGCUGCUACAACAACUCCCCGGAGUUAUCUGCCCGAUCAUUUGGAGCACUUUCACAAGCUCCCCCAUGGAGUUCCCGAAACUCGGACGAGUUACCGAUUCAGUUCGAGAGAAGUUGACGUUUUCACUGACGGUUUCUCGUAUGAUAAUCUUAUCGGAAAUGGAAAUUAUGGUGUUGUUCACCGUGGCGUUUUGUUUGACGGUACCACUGUGGCAGUGAAGAGGCUACUCAGUAACAGUUGCCAACCCGAGGUGUUCGUAACAGAGGCUGAGGCGAUCGGACAUGUCCGACACAAGAAUCUUGUCAAGCUGCUAGGAUACUGCAUGGAAGGUCACAGGAUGCUUGUGUAUGAGUAUGUUAAUAACAGUAAUCUCCAUCAAUGGCUUCAUGGUCCUCUUGGACAAGCCAGUCCUCUUACAUGGACCAUUCGUAUGAACAUCAUACAUAGGAUAGCAAAAGGAUUGGCUUACCUGCAUGAGGAUAUUGAACCACAUAUUUGCCAUCAAAACCUAAAGGCAAGCAAUAUAUUACUUGAUCAUCUAUGGAAUCCUAGGAUCUCCGAUGUAGCACUUUCUCGGCUGCUCGGUCCGAACCACACCAAUGCGACCACUCGUUCAUUGGUCGAGCUAGGUUAUGCUGAUCAAGAUAAUGCUUCUAUCAGCAAAUGGGAUAAGGAGAGUGAUGUGUAUAGCUUUGGAAUACUUGUAAUGGAGAUUGUAUCAGGAAGGAUCCCUGUUGAUCAUUGUCAACACCAAAUUUAUUUGAUCGACUGGUUAAAGUCCAUGGUAGCAAACAAGAAAAUUGCAGAUGUUGUUGAUCCUAGCAUACCAGAGAUUCCUUCUGUGAAAGAACUCAAACGGAUUACAUUGAUCGCGCUUCGUUGUGUCGAUCCGGAUAUCGACCAUAGGCCGACGAUGGGAGAAGUGAUUCAUAUGCUCGAGCCACGAAACAUGUUGCUCAGUGAUGACCAUUUCGUCCGAAGAGAGGCUUCGCUACUGAACUGCACCGGCGGCAAGCCGGACGUACGAAUACAUGACGAGGAUGCUUCUGAUGUGUACCACGACGAUCUAAUAUAGAUUUUCUUAUUAUCAUUUA